UUGAAUCUAGGCGUGUUUCCUGCUGCCAUUGACUCAAACGGGGAAUCUGGCAUCCUGCGGGUGGAUAAGCGCACACUAAAGCAGCCAUUUUCGGUCUCCUUAUGUGUACAUUUGAAGUAUUUCAUCUCAUUUGUUGAUGAGCAGAUAGUGAUCGUUUAUUGGCGAUUGAGGCUCUUUUUACAUUUUAUUUUAUCGAUGUGAAGUCGCUUGCCUGGUCAAGCGUUGACAACUGAGCUGGGUCAAGCAAGGGCGUGAAGGAGCCGAGGUUGUCUUCGCGUCGUCGUGGGAAUGAGUUGCCGCAGAAGAGGAGCGCAAAGAGAAAAUCAAGACUGCUGAUGACAAUGUGACUGCAACGCUUCUCUCUCGCUCUCUCGUUUUUUAUUCGAGAACAUGCAGAGAUGUGUCACGUUGCUCAGUGAAUAACAUCUGCAUUUUUAAAAAAUAUAGUUGAAGUGUGAUCGUCAUGUCGGCGGUGAUGAUAAGCAGGAAGGUGCGGAAAUGGGAGAAGCUGCCGGGCAAGAACACUUUCUGCUGCGAUGGACGAGUGAUGAUGGCCCGGCAGAAGGGAGUCUUUUACCUGACCCUCUUCCUCAUCAUUGGGACGUGCGCCCUCUUCUUCGGCUUCGAGUGUCCGUAUCUGGCUGUCCACCUGUCCGCUGCCAUCCCAGUCUUCGCCGCUGUGCUUUUCCUCUUUGUCAUGGCCAUGCUACUGAGGACCAGCUUCAGUGACCCCGGUGUCCUUCCUCGUGCUCUUCCAGAGGAGGCCACAUUUAUCGAGAUGGAGAUCGAGGCCGCCAACGGCAACGUCCCCAGCGGUCAGCGACCGCCUCCUCGAAUCCGCAACAUUGAGAUCAACAAUCAGAUUGUCAAGCUCAAGUACUGCUACACGUGCAAGAUCUUCCGGCCGCCGCGAGCGUCUCACUGCAGCAUCUGCGACAACUGCGUUGACCGUUUUGAUCACCACUGUCCGUGGGUGGGCAACUGCGUGGGCAAGAGGAACUACCGCUACUUCUACUUGUUCACACUCUCGCUCUCGCUCCUCACCAUUUACAUCUUCACCUUUGACAUCGUCCACGUGGUCAUGCGUUCAGUGGAGGAUGGCUUUUUGAGUGCUUUGAAGGAAACACCCGGAACCGUGCUGGAGGUGCUGGUGUGUUUCUUCACGCUAUGGUCAGUGGUCGGCCUGACCGGCUUCCACACCUACCUGAUCUCGCUCAACCAGACCACCAAUGAGGAUAUUAAAGGAUCCUGGUCGGGGAAGAACCGAGUGCAGAACCCCUACAGUCAUAAGAACAUCUUUAAAAACUGCUGUGAGGUGCUGUGUGGGCCCGCGUACCCGAGUGUCUUGGACAGGAGGGGCCUGAUGCAUGAAGAUUCGCCUGUUUCUGCAUCGUCUGCUGCACCCUCCUCUUCCUCCUCCUCUUUAUCCUUUUCCAACAACAGCAAGCCAGCGCCACCAACCACUAAAACCACAGCGCCGCUCAUCCCAAAUGAGCACACGCCCGAUGAUGCCAAGGCGAGCAUCGGCGUCUCGGCAGAGCAGAGCUGCUCCCCUGAAGAUCUCCCCCCUUCCUUCAUUCCGCCUUUGGCUUCCCCCGAGACAGACGCCGAGGCCUCCGUCGCCAAGGACAAUAGCCACUAACCGCAUUCCUCUGAGUCCUGUCCGGUCAGGAACUCUCAUCGCACCCUGACUGUGCGCUGGUGACUCACCUUCUCUCCUUCCCCCAUGUGAGUGACGUAUCCUCCUUUAGGGAGAGAAGUGAUUUAAUGGAACGUCAGUAUCUUCCCGUCUCCUGAACACUUGGCUUGGCAAGUGUCUCUGAGGGAGCAAAGCAAAUGUGUGCAUGACAAACCGAAGAAAGGAGCUCCGAUCGAAUGAUCCUUCUUCCAAACCUUGUAUUAACUUUAAAUGUGAGCGUCCGAUAUACACCAACCAAGCGGCCGGCAAAGACAUUCUUGCUCCUCUUCACGUGUAAAUUGUCAUUCAGUACAGUCCCCUUUUUCCGUUGUGCACACAUUACAUGCUCUAUGCAAAUCGGCAAGGCUGGACGAGUGGUGUUUGUGUGUAGCUGACAUACUUUAUUGGCGCCGUACAGGCAAGUUAAACAUCUACCUUGUAUUCUGUGAACUGCUGCAUUCAGUACUGUUACUAUAGCAAUGGAAACACCUGUCCGUCCUUCCUUCCUUCUUUCCCUUUUUAUAUACAUAAUUGUUCAAGUCGUGUAUAAUAUUCUGUGACACUCGCUUCACCCACACGAAAUAUCUUCACCUGGAGGCAUCCCGCCAUUUCUGUGUGUGUGCAUACGUGCGUGUGUGCGCGUGUGUAUGUGUGUGUGCGCGCGUGCGUGUCUGCAUGUGUAUGUAGGCGUGUGUGGCUUUUGAUGCUCUUAGACCCUGGUAGCAAUUGUGCCUUAUCAUGAAUGCAACAGACGUCUGACAACAAAGACACGCCAGAGUUAAAUCCGAAAUGCCAACAUUAAAACUUUCGAAAGCAUACAUACAUACUCGCAAAAAGUUAGUGAUACCCUGGGACUUUGAGAUACGAGUGACCUGACAAAAGAAUUUUUGGAGUUACAAGCCAUCAUUCAGCUGAUUUGCUGUACUGCCUGCCGGUGGCUAAGGCAAGUACAUCCGAUGUGGUGGCACAGUGAAGUUAAUUGCAACAUUAAAUCAAGAUGCACAUUCUCUUGAACUGGGUUUUUAACUCGUUUUUUUUUUUUUUCAAAAAUGUAAUUUUAUAGACAUAAAUUUUCCCAUAUUAAGACACAAACAAAAAUUUGGUCUGUUUUUUUUAGGGGUCUGGAAUAACGGAUUAACGGUAUUUCCAUUGAUCUCAUCAGCGAAAGAUGGUUUGAGAGAUGAAUGUUUUGAAUUAUGAGCAUAGUCAUGGAAAGAAUUAGACUCGUAUCUCAAGGCACCGCUGUAUUCAGCUUUUGGGUUGAAUUUCAGAAGUGAACAAGAAAUGCAAAAUUCACUAAGAAGUACACCUCUCUGCCUUUCUGCGAGUCUUCCAGUCACUCUCUCUCUUUGUUGCAACCUGCUAAUGAUACUCUGACUGUCUUUAGAUCAGAGGCCGCUUAUCUCAAGGUGUCAAAAUGUGAAUGGCAUGAUGAAGAGGAGUAGAUACCAAUUGAAAACAAGACGUUUCUAGGCCCAGCACGAAUAACAAAUUGUGCAAAAAUUACUGAAACAAUGAACAGUUUUCUAUGUACAUCCACCAGUUUACAGAAGGUCUAAUUAAGUUCACCUGGAAAGUUUUUGUUGCAUUUUUGGUUAACCCUGAAAUUUCCCCCAAAAGCAGAAUAUCCAUAACUUUUUGUGUACAUUAGGUUGAAUAUGUAUUUACUUUCUUGCUGAGAGGCACAUGAAGAUUAAGACUCGCGUCCUCCAACUGACAACCACUGUUAGCUUAGCGUACAUUUCUGCUAAAGAACACUCUUAAAUCUGCCAAAGAGUUUAAAUGAUUUGCUAUAAGUCAACUUCAACCUUGAUAUGCUGUAAAAUUGACACGUGGACUAAUUGGUUCAAGCCCUAUUGUGUGAGGAGCAAAGAAAGAAGAAAGAAAACCAAAUGACAUUCGGUGUUUUCGUGCGCUAGUCUUGCUUGUCCUUGAAGGUUUCGGGGGAAAGAGUUCAAUGUUGCGACUUGUAAUGAGGAGUGCAAGCUGUUAAUUUGGACAAUAAUAGAAAGCAAAAAAUAAAAAUACAACGACAAGCAAAGCCAUUGUUGAAUUGUACAUAUGUGGAUGUAGUGAAAGAGUUAAAAGCGUUUGACUUUUUUUCAAGUGUUCCCGAGCACCACCGUAAACCCAUAAAUCACACUCGAACCAAUCAUCUCCCAGAAGUCCACUUUCUUUCUCCUGCCGCCCUCCUAAGAAAAAAAAAGGCAGCUCAGUUUAACGUCUUUUCAUUUGCAUCAUUCCAGUGGAGGUUGGCCUCGUGGCCGCUUUAAAUGCAGGAAAUAAAAACGGAAGUAGGCGAGCGUAUGUGAGAGAUGAGGCUCGACUCACAGGAGGGAAAAAAACGUGAUGAAAGUCGAGCUCAUUUUUGGUGUUGAAAAUGUUAGCAAGUUUGUGAUUGUGUACUCUUGUGUCAUAUGCGUGAGAGAGUGUUAGUCUACUAUACGUGUGUAGAAGUGCUAAGUAUUGGACACUGCCAACAGAUGGGGUCAAAAGUGACCAUUUCUCGUGUAGUAGUCAUGUCGGUUGAUUUUAAUUAGAUCAAAAAAGGAGAAUGAAUUGCAAAUUUGAGAGAUUUUGUCAUUCCUGGCAGCUGUUUUUCUUUGUGAUGUGAUGUGGAUACUUUAAGAAUGGAUGAUGGAUAUUGGAACCUUUUCAUGAACCCGAAAUGUUUGUUUUUUUUUUCUCUUAGGGGACAAAAGAAGUAAUUUGGAAAUGGGUGAAUGUAUGCACCUUAUAUUUAUCACAAUAUCCAAGCUGAUGAUUUCUUUUCAAUUGUAUGAUUUUUGUUUAGUUUUGUUUUGUUGAUAAAUUUGCCAUGAUCAGACCAGAAUGCUCUGAUAUACAAUAUAUCUAUGACAUCACGUAUACAGAUACAGUACUCUUUAUUUAUGUCCACUUUGUUUGGUCUUAACACUGUGAUUCUCUGUAUUUUAUUCCAGUUACUCCACUUCUUUUUACAUCAUCAACAUGUCGGUUAAAUAAACCAUAUUGUAUUAA